UUUUGGUUAAGUACGACCGGCAGGAUGGGAAGGUCGAGGAUGUGGUAGAGGAGUGGGCGCACCCCAUGAGCGCAAUGCCGAUCAAGGCUUACAAGACUUCCCGAAGCCACGAAAGCGGAUGAUGACCGACGACGGAUUAAAGCCAGUGUACUGGGACCACUUUGCUGCCGCCGAGCCGGAUGACGAUGAGUGGUCUGUUGAGACGCGAAUGCUCCAGCGGAUGCCCGCGCAUUCAAUCGACGACGAACAGUUUGACUCGUUCGAAGUCAAGCGUCGAUCCCACUUGGAGCGAUUGCAGUUUUGGCGACACUGGAACGACGACGACCAUGAACUUGUGUUCAAGCAAGUGCCGUAUCACGAGACAGAAUUGUUCGAGUCUGUCGCAGCGGCAAACGCACCGCGUUCGCAUUUGGGCAGUCUGCGCUUCUGGGAGCACAACGACGACGAUGCUCCCCCGGAUGUUGAUUGGGUUCCCAGCGAUGAAGAAGAAAUGCUCGUGGCUCAGCUCGCAUCAACCAACGACAAACUAUACAACUCGUUUGAGGUGAGACAAAAGUCGCACUUGGCGCGCCUCAGGCAGCCCAGAGAUCACGAUGACAACCAAGCCAGAGCGCUCAAAAACGAGUGGAUGACGAUACUUCCCACGAUGGCCACACCACUGUCUUCAUCGACGACACCAGCUCCACUCGAUUCCAGUGUAUGCGAGCGGCCUCGGGCUGCGAGGAAUUGGCUCGGCCUAGCCCUCCUCAUCACGAGCUUCUGUGCCAUGUCGACCGUUGGGGUCGCGUUUCAAGUCGAAUCGUCCGUAGAGGUGGCGCCAAUGCUGAAGCUAUUUUGGCGCGUCAGCGGCAGCUGCAUGCUUUCCUUUGUGUUGACGAUGGUAUCUGUGGCUCGGUACGGCUGGCCGCGCGUCCACGCCCCUCUCGACACAGCCAUUCGGGUGGUUUUGUGUGCCGUGGGUUUUACGCUGUGGACUAGUUGUUCGAACCUGUCUUCCACACUCACGUCCCCAACUCACGCCAACGUUCUGCUCCACGCCCAUGGUCUCAUCCUCGUGGCAGGAAAUGUUCUCACCGAGCAGUAUGUUGGCCGGUGGGAAGGCAUUGGCACGAUUGUGGGAUUCGUUGGCACGGUAAUUGCUACCAUCGCGGACGCCGAGACCGUCGCUUGGUCGUCGUUUUGGAACACUGCCCGAGGAUCGACGUGGCAUGCCAAUUUCGUGGCGCUGACUGGGGCGGCGGGGGCGGUGCUUUAUCUGGUCCAAGCCAAGGCGAUUCAGGCCCGCAUGAACUUCAUGGUGUUUAUGUGGUGUCAUACUGUUGCUGUGUGUGGACUCCUCCUUCCGACCAUGUCUCUGAUGGGCGAAACGUUCGAGUUUUCAACGAACCCAUCAGUGGGCUUGUUCGGAUGGGCCACACCGAACCGAUGGCCGCUCGAACUGUAUCUGGUAGCCGUGUGCGACUUCGUCGGAUCCAUGGGUUAUCUCCGCGUGCUCCAAUUCUUCGAACCAAUUGUCGUGUCCAUGACCAUGCUUCUUGAGCCGACACUAGCGUCAUUUCUUGGCGCGAUCGUAAGUGGGAGCCAGUUCCCAGGUAUGCAUGUCGUUUUGGGCAGUCUCCUCGUCGCAGCAGGUGUAGUGCUUGUGUACUCGGUCAAGACGUCGCACCCGUCAUCGUCGCGCCGGCGCAGCCGACGGCCAACGACACACUCGAGCGAGUUUGUGCCUCGCAAACCGCUUAACUACGGCACAAUAGUCGUUUAAUUUAUUCUCCUCUGUCGAUCCGCUCGAAUUGCGUUUGCAGUCCAUC